AUGAAUAAUAAUAAUAAUCAUCAUUGUCCGAUUUAUAUUACAGCCAAACGACUCGUAAAUUACAACACUAUCAAUGUGUCUUGGGUAAUUGAUCCACCUGGUCAUGGUCCAAUCACCGUCCUUUUCAAUGUUUCACAAUCAAACUUGAGCAAUGUCACUCGCGAUACCUUCACUGAUAACAGGUCUUGGGUCAAUUUUCCGGUUGGCCUAGAUCCUGCCAAUUAUACUUUUCAUAUUACAGCUGUGAAUGAAGGAACAACUAGAUCAAACUCUCUUUUGGUCCGAUGGCUUGGUCCAUUGAUAAUUAGUCAUUCAGAAAUUACAAAAACUACUACAAAUAAGAUUCAAGUUACAUUGGAAGUGGUUGGAAGUGAUGUCCAUUAUUUUAAAUUAAAUAUUACCGUAAAUAAUAUGAUGACAACAACAAAUUUUCCAGUGAUCAUGGAAGGGCCAGAUUUCUUUGUUGUUCAAAUUGAAAUGCCAGAGAGUGCAACGACCCCUGUCAGUAUAGUUGCUUUCGAUGAUGAUGGCCGUGUUUCCAACACUGUAUAUUUCGACGCGACAACCUACCCAGUCAUCUCGAAUCUCUCGUUGCAAGUUCUUCAAGUGUACGACGCUGGGUAUUUUAUAGUGACGGCACACCAUGAUGGAGGUGUACCAGGUGAUACUUAUUAUACAUUUGGCUUUCGAUACUCAUCCCAGACACCCGAAAAACAGAAACACAACUCUACACUCUAUAUCUUACCAGAUGACCUCACUGUCUCUUACCCAAUUAACAUUACAAUUGAUAAUGAUCUAAAAGUAUUAUUUAUCUCUACUGUAGAGACCGAAAUUACCUUUUAUAAUUUUCCAACUAUAAAUUCAACCAAUUCAACAAGUGAUUAUGAAUCAAUUUAUUUGACAUGGAUUAGUGAUGGUGGAAUGCCAGGUAAUAUUACUUAUCAAGUAUCUGUAUCUAAUCCAAAAUCAACGAUUCAAGUACCAUUGAUUUGGUGUUUAGGUUCGAAUAUUAGUUCAUGUCUCAUCACUGGAUUGACUUCAAAUACUGAAUAUUCUAUUGAAGUUCAAAUGUCAUCUGUUCAAUUCUUACCAAUUAAUCAAACUAUUUUUGUUUCAACUUUACAAUAUCCAAAUAAUUAUACAUGUAUUGAUCGUCAAGGAAUUAAUAACUCAGUUGAAUGUAAUGGAUUUGGUGAAUUUCUACCUUUUUGUGGUGGAAAUGGUGAUGGUGGAGAAGAGGUAGCAGAUUAUCGGGUAAACAGUCACGUCGAACCAUCACCAAACAAACCCAAAGCAGUUGUCAACAAUGCAGAUAUAUUUUAUCAAUUUGUUGUUUCACAAAUUAGAGAAUUAGAUAUUGACCAAAAUAUUAUCAAUAAUAGUAAUAGUAAUAGUAUUUAUAGAACAAUUAAAAUUACAUUUUUACAAUAUGUACAACAAGAUGAAGAAGAAGAAACAACUCCAACUUCAACUCCAAAAGACAUUCCAGUUACAUUUGCAGGUCAAUUAUUUUAUGUUACAGUUGGAUCGAUUAAAUAUACAAUUGAUAUUGAAGGUUGGAAUUUUGGUAGUCAAUUAAAUACUCUUGAAUUGGUUACCAAUAUCACUCAACCAUACAAUGAUAAAGAUCAAGACACGACCAUCGUCAACAACAAUAUAGUAUCAACCAACUCUACCGAUUUCACAUCGUUUGUAAUUGGAACCGAUCAAUUAGUUUUAGGUAAAUUAAUUAAUCGUGCAUUAUUGGAUGAUAUUCCUCGAAAGGUAUCGAAUCGAAUUGUUUCAGUACCACUAUCACCCUCCAGUUCCUCAUCCUCUUCUGAAUCUCAACAACAAAUGUUAUACAGUAUUAUUACAACGAUACCAUACUUUAAUCUCAAUGCUGUAUUUGAUCCAGAGCUUCAAUUAUUGGUCAAACCAAAUGACCGUUCGUCAUCAUCAUCUUCAUCAAACUCAUGGAAGAUUGUUGUUGGUGUAGUAGUUGGUUUUGUUGUUGUGGCUGCAGUCUCUGUGGCCACUAUAUUCUACAGAAUCAAAAUGAAUACUCAAAGACGAGAUUCUAUUAGCAGGCAAGAAAGGUUCAGAGCAUUUAGCAUAAACAACAACUAA